UCAUCUUCCUUCUUCUUCACCUGUUGAUUGAGGUCAUUGAAGCUGGUGGAUCCAAACUUCUGCGAUCGAGCUUGUGUCGGCUUUAGUGCGUCUUGAACAAUUAAGUUCUGAUACAAGGGCCUGUUUUUCAUGGCGCGGAACUGGAACAGGGGUCUUACUUUAUGUUGAAAUGUUCUGCGGAAGUUCUAAUGCUGGGAAUGAAUCUCACUAUUUAAUCCUGAUUAUAAGUUUUUCGAAAUGCAAUUAGCAUCAAAUGGUAACAAGGAAGAAUGUUCAGAGAGUGAACCCAUCUUGAAUCAACAUCACGAUUUGGAAGAAUCUGGAGAACCUCCAUGUUCAUGUGAAAUUACAGAUGCUGUAGGGCAUUUGGCUGCUGAUGAUUUACAGAAUAUUCAAGUUGAUGAAACAUGUCAUCUGGUAAAUGGAGAUCAGCCGCAAUGCCGGAUAUGCCUUGAUAGUGGAGGAGAAGAUAUAAUUGCUCCAUGCCAUUGCAAAGGUACUCAAAAAUAUGUCCACAGGUCAUGCCUUGAUAACUGGAGGUCUACCAAGGAAGGCUUUGCUUUUUCACACUGUACAGAAUGCAGAGCUGUCUUCGUAUUGCGUGCUAAUGUCCCAAAUGAUCGGUGGUGGUUAAGAUUAAAGUUUCAGUUCCUUGUUGCGAGGGAUCAUGCGUUUAUUUUUAUAACUGUUCAGCUGGUUGUUGCAUUCCUGGGAGUGCUUGUGUACAAAUUUUAUGGAGAUGAAUUGAGAGAAAUGUUUGGUUAUGAAGAGCAUCCAUAUGGAUUCUAUACCAUGGCUGUUCUAGCCAUCAUUUUGGUGGGUUUGCUUUAUGGCUUCUUCAUAGCCAUUAUAUGCGGCCAAAGAAUCAAUGAACGUCAUUACCAUGUUCUUGCCAAACAGGAAUUGACAAAGGAAUACGUGGUAGAAGAUCGAGAGCAUAUAAAGAAUGUACCUGAACUUGAUCCAAGUCAUGUGACAGAAUUGAGAAUGCUGGGUCUAUACUAAUUGAGUCACCCUGAAUUUGUUACAUUUGCUUCUUGUCUUCAUGGUUCUUCACACAUUCGUGCAUCAUUUGGUUCGUUGAGAAUGAAGUCAUGUUAAUGUGGCUGUUUGGAUGUAAGUUAUUCAUUGCUGAAAUUGGAACAGAUCUUCCUUGUGUUAACCAUCAGCAAAUUAACUCAAGGCAAAUGGUUUAUGGGUUACCACAAUCGUCAAAUGUACCCUGAUUCUUUCUUUUAAAUGCUUAGAUUUCAUAGAAACAAAAAGUAUUGUUCAAAAUUAGAGCCGAGAAUAUGAGUUGAACCCGCGGGUCGGAUCCGUUAACCCGCCAAAAAUGGUAGGUUAGAGGCCAACCCGUCACCACCUGAAAAAUAUGAGCCCGCUGCAGGUUGAGCCCGCCGCAUUUUUUUUUUAUAUAUAUUAAAAUAUUCGGAGUAGGUGGAUUGGAAUUCUGGAAAGACAAGAAAGCUGAAAUCCUACUAGCUACUACUGUCAAAAUCAAUGUUGAGCCAGCUUCAAAUGUCAUCACCAUUAGAGAUAAUUAGAUCAAGAUGGUUAUUCAUUGUUGCAUGUUGAUUUUAUUGGAAAAAUUUAUGUUUGAACUUGUGUUUUUAUCAUGUUUGGAGUUUGGACUUUGGACAAUCGUAUAUUUUGUGUUUUAAUGUAUUGUAAUUUUAUUUGAAUGCUUGAAAUAAUUUAAA